GCGGCAAGAAGGCGUCGCCUAGCAAGGCGGCAGCGGCUGGGAGCUGUCCGUACGACCUGUUUACGCUGCUGCAUGGGCUCCACACCUCCGCGCCCCAGCUGCUGCUCCCCGUCAUCCCGGAGCUCAAGGCGCAGCUGCGGCAGGACGACGAGCACCGCCGGGCCGCCGCCGCCGCGCUGCUGACCCGCCUGCUGGCGGCACCGCCGGUGGCCGCUGCGGAGGCGCACCAGCACCCGCCGCCGCCGCCACAGUCGCACUCGCUUCCGGUGUCGUCGAUGGGAGGCGGGUCGACGCCGGCGCAUGCAGGUGUUGGUGCUGCGGGUGGUGGGGCGGCGGUGGUUCCGCUGGCGGCGCAGUAUCCGGAGCUGAUGCAGGACCUGCUGCAACGCUUUACAGACCAAUCGCCCGUUAUACGGCAGCAGAUGCUCGCCCGUACGGCACAGCUAGCAGAAGCGGCCGCAAUCGCCAACCCAGAUGGCUCCCUGGAGCAUCAGGUCCUCUCCGCCGCUCGAGACCGCCUGCAGGACAUCGAUGAGCGUGUAAGAGCGGCGGCAUGCAGGGCCAUAUGUGUGCUGGCGGCGGCAGCCGCCACUGGUAUCGGCGCCGCAGGCGCCGCCGCCGCCGCCGCUGCAGGCGCCGCUGCAGGCGGCGUCCGCAGCCAUCACCGGCGCCGCAGCCUGGAAGAGGCGCCAGCAGGCCUCCCCAUGUCAUCGCAGCAACCACAUUCGCAGCAGCUGGGCGGCCCUGCGCUGUACGACAAUGAACUGGUGGCGGUUGUACGGCAGGAUGUAGCUGCGAGGCUGCGGGACAGGAAGAUUGCCGUACGGCGGGAGGCGGUGGUGGGGCUGCUGGCGGCUUGGCGGGACGCCUGCAUGGCGCUGGUGCAGGGCUGCCUCUCGCUGCCCGGCCUGGUUCGCAGCGUGGGCUGGGUUCCCGCCCGGCUGUGUUCCGAGGCGGUGAAGGAUGUGGAGCUGAGGCCGCAUGUGAUGGCGGCACUGGCAGCAGCAGGCGGCGCAGCACAGCAGCAGCAGGGGGCGGCAGGAGGAGCAGCUGGGGGGGUGAGGGGCGGUGCGGGGCUGCUGCCGUCUGCGAUGGGGCAACAGCUGGGUGCGGCGGUUUGGGCCGCGCUAUGGCAAUCAUACGACACAGCAGAUCGUACGGCAGUACGGAAGCUGCUAGCUCUCAAGGCGCAGGUCGCCCUGGAGCUACAGCAGCUGGUAGAGCUAAGGGGGCUGCUGCGAGCUGCGGCGGCGGGG